ACUUCCACUCGGAAUUCGCACCCUGGUCGCCUUCAUUCGCUGGGUUCACUCGCUGAACUGCCUCGCCCCCGCCCGGGAGGAUGACAUCUCGCCCUGGGCAGAGACUCGAAAGCCUCCUCCUGCCGCUCGGGAUGCUAACAGUAGGGAGAGCUGUGUCUAGCGUUUUUUUUUUUUUUUUUUUUUGAGAGGGAGUCUCGCUCUGUCUCCCAGGCUGGAGUGCAGCGGCGCGAUCUCAGCUCACUGCAACCUCCGCCUCCCAGGUUCAAGCAAUUCUUCUGCCUCAGCCUCCCGUGUAGCUGGGACUACAGGUGCCGGCCACCACGCAAGGCUAAUUUUUUUGUAUUUUUAGUAGAGACGGGGUUUCACCAUAUUGGUCAGGCUGGUCUCGAACUCUCGACCUCAGGUGAUCCGCCCGCCUCAGCCUCCCAAAGUGCUGGGAUUACAGGCGUGAGCCAUCGCGCCCGGCUUGUGUCUAGUCUUGCCCGUAGCAGCGUCGCCGACAGCCGCGCCAGGUUGUCAGAGCCUCACUAGUUUUUCUCCCGGCCGCCGCUCUUCCCCGAUUCAGCCCACCUUUCCUCUUCCGGGAACUUGCCCGCGUGUUCCGGCUCCAGGAAGUGCGUCAUCAGUCGGCGCCAGCGGCCGCACGCCGCGGAGCAGGGGCUCGGAGGUCCCGGGAUUACGGUGCUCGAGCACGCUGGUGGGAAAGGACCCGGGACUUGAACAGUGUUGUGCGGCGCCAUGCAGGUCUCCAGCCUCAAUGAGGUGAAGAUUUACAGCCUCAGCUGCGGCAAGUCCCUUCCUGAGUGGCUUUCUGAUAGGAAGAAGAGAGCGCUACAGAAGAAAGAUGUAGAUGUCCGUAGGAGAAUUGAACUUAUUCAGGACUUUGAAAUGCCUACUGUGUGUACCACUAUUAAGGUGUCAAAAGAUGGACAGUACAUUUUAGCAACUGGAACAUAUAAACCUCGGGUUCGAUGUUAUGACACCUAUCAAUUAUCCUUGAAGUUUGAAAGGUGUUUAGAUUCAGAAGUUGUCACCUUUGAAAUUUUGUCUGAUGACUACUCAAAGAUUGUCUUCUUACAUAAUGAUAGAUACAUUGAAUUUCAUUCGCAAUCAGGUUUUUACUACAAAACCAGAAUACCAAAGUUUGGGAGAGAUUUCUCUUACCACUAUCCAUCCUGUGACUUGUACUUUGUUGGUGCAAGUUCUGAAGUUUAUAGGUUAAACUUAGAACAAGGACGAUACCUGAAUCCUCUACAAACUGAUGCUGCGGAGAAUAAUGUUUGUGACAUAAAUUCAGUGCAUGGCUUGUUUGCCACAGGAACCAUAGAGGGUAGAGUGGAGUGCUGGGACCCAAGAACUCGAAACAGAGUUGGCCUGUUAGACUGCGCCUUAAACAGUGUCACAGCAGAUUCAGAGAUAAACAGUUUACCAACAAUCUCUGCUUUGAAAUUUAAUGGUGCCUUGACCAUGGCAGUUGGAACAACCACAGGGCAGGUUUUAUUAUAUGACCUUCGAUCUGAUAAGCCAUUGCUAGUUAAAGAUCACCAGUAUGGGCUGCCCAUUAAGUCCGUUCAUUUCCAGGAUUCAUUAGAUCUGAUUUUGUCUGCUGACUCUCGAAUUGUCAAGAUGUGGAAUAAGAACUCCGGGAAAAUAUUUACUUCCUUGGAGCCAGAGCAUGACCUUAAUGAUGUUUGUCUCUACCCCAACUCAGGCAUGCUUCUGACGGCCAGUGAAACCCCCAAGAUGGGCAUCUAUUACAUUCCAGUUUUGGGUCCUGCUCCUCGGUGGUGUUCCUUCUUAGACAACCUGACCGAAGAAUUAGAAGAGAAUCCAGAAAGCACAGUCUAUGAUGAUUAUAAAUUUGUCACCAAGAAAGACCUUGAAAAUUUAGGGCUCACCCACCUCAUUGGAUCUCCUUUCCUCCGGGCAUAUAUGCAUGGGUUUUUCAUGGAUAUAAGACUCUAUCACAAGGUGAAACUGAUGGUAAAUCCAUUUGCUUAUGAAGAAUAUAGGAAAGAUAAAAUACGACAGAAAAUAGAAGAAACACGUGCACAGAGAGUCCAGUUAAAGAAAUUGCCAAAAGUUAACAAAGAGCUGGCACUUAAAUUAAUUGAGGAAGAAGAGGAGAAGCAGAAAUCUACAUGGAAAAAGAAAGUUAAGAGUCUUCCUAAUAUUCUCACCGAUGAUCGAUUUAAAGUUAUGUUUGAGAACCCUGACUUCCAAGUAGAUGAAGAGAGUGAAGAAUUCAGGCUUCUGAAUCCACUUGUUUCAAAAAUUAGUGAAAAAAGGAAGAAGAAACUAAGACUCUUAGAGCAACAAGAACUUCGUGAAAAAGAAGAGGAGGAAGAGCCGGAAGGAAAACCAAGUGAUGCAGAAAGUUCGGAGAGUUCAGAUGAUGAAAAAGCCUGGGUUGAAGAGGUCAGGAAGCAACGCAGACUCCUCCAGCAGGAGGAAAAAGUGAAGCGGCAGGAACGACUCAAGGAGGACCAGCAGACAGUCCUAAAGCCCCAGUUUUAUGAGAUCAAAGCAGGAGAAGAAUUUAGAAGCUUCAAAGAUUCUGCCACAAAGCAGAAACUGAUGAACAAAACCCUUGAAGAUCGUUUGAAAAUUGAAGCAAAAAAUGGGACAUUGAGUGUAUCCGACACCACCGUUGGCAGCAAACAAUUGACAUUCACGUUAAAGAGGUCUGAACAGCAGAAGAAGCAGCAGGAGGCUGAGAAACUGCAUCGACAAGAAAGGAAAAGACUCCGUCGUUCGGCCGGACACCUGAAGUCAAGACACAAAAGAGGACGGUCGUUUCAUUGAUUUGGGAAGUGGUCCUACCUGUGAUUAGGGAGGGGUACGUCUCCCCCAAACUGAUCAUCGUUAGGGUGUUAAACACAGACGAGGAAACACACGUUUUUAAAGUUCAUGUACAUUCUUGUACGCAGAGGUAAAGAUUUGAAAACCUGUGCCUUGUGGAUUGGACGUUGAAGCUGGCCCCGCCGACGGCCACCGCAUAGCCCCAAGGGUGUGCUUGCAAGUCGUUGCUCCCUGGAAACAUUGUCCUUUCCCCAUGGCUUUAAUCAUGAAAACCAGGUUGGGGUUUUUUUUAGUAUUGUGAAAUGUACACCAUGAAAUGAAAGGUUUAUCCUGUGCUAGAAACCAAGGUUUAUCAUGCUCUAGGAACUUUUUUCUUGCACUGCCUACCGCCAUUCAUGAUUAAACCAUCCAGAAAUACCA